AGCUCUUUCAUACAACCCAUAUCUGAACUCAACUCCCUUCUGACCUAUAACUUUACGCAAGCUGUCCAGGAGAAGCACCUAAGUCAUUAUCACAGCAUCAAUAAAAAGAGGAGCACUCAGUAGUGUCCAGACGAUCCCAGGGACUCAGUGGUCAGCGAGAGGAUUAUGACAGUCUGAAGGCCGUGACUCAGGGAUGGAGGCUGGAAAGGUGUACAGCAGUAACACUGUGCUCCAGGCCAGAAAAGCCGUAGAGCAGCUGAGACUGGAGGCCGGACUGGAGAGGAUCAAGAUUUCAGCUGCAGCUGCUCAGCUCGUGCAGUACUGUCAGGAGAACCGGAGGGGAGAUCCACUGCUGACCGGCAUCGCCGCCUCAUCAAACCCUUUCAAAGACAAGAAAACCUGUGUACUGCUGUAAAAGAGGAAAGGACAUGAAACAAUGUGAUACAAAUGAUGCAAGCACCACAGAGAUGGUUGUAAUCACCAUAUACCUUCAGUAUUGUACAUAUCCUUGAGUGAUUUUAAAAGCAUUACUCCGUCAGUAUUACCUGUGCUCGUAAAUGUCCUGUGUAAUGGAUUUCACAUCAUUAUAACCCAUUUAUGCCCAACAGCUAAACUAAUGAAUAAAAUGUAAAAGAACUUGUAUAAA